AUGGAAGGUUCACUAAGACCGGACGCCACGCGCGCUCCUCACUCCGACUCCAGCGAACCCAAUAACAUCAACUCCAUGGACUUGCAAAAGGUAAAGGAAGACGUCAUGGUCACUUUGUCUGUCUCUCCCGAACCGCCGACACCCUCUCGGACCCGGUCCCCUAUGGCCCGAUCGCAUCUUCGCUCGCGAUCUCUCGUGGGAAUCCCCGGCAUGCCCUCUAUGACGCGCGCAUACUCCUCUCCAGGGCUGGACUCUCGGGGAAGAUAUAUCUUCGUCAACGGCCGCGGGAUGCCUACCUCAGCAGUGGAUGCCAAGCGCGUGCCCUUGCAGAUGCGCAUGGACGAUCACAUUGAGACCCGUCUCGGGUCGCUUAACAUUUCCGAGACCAUCUCUGAGAACGCCGCACUGGAGACCGUGCCCAAAUCGCCCUCGCCUUCUCUGUCGAACACCUCCCCGGUCCUGAUGCCGCAAACAUUUCCCCGUAUCGGUCGCAUGCGCUCGACUUCCCCCCUUCAUUUCCAAACCCCAGUUAGCAGCCCGCCCUCCAUCCAUAGCUCCCCCACUCUGAGCGGAAAAUACAACGAAUCAUACCCCGGCCUCUCUGCUUCCUCCACGUCGUCUGUCCCGUCAACCCCGACAAGUCUUCGAUCCCGCAGUCCUAGCAUUUCUUCUUUGGAAACCAUUCCCGAUAUUCCCGACGCUGAGGCCGAGGCGCUGGAAGAAGAUCGGAUCGCAGAGCUCAAGGCUGCAGCCGAUGCGGCCGAUGCGGCAAGCAACAACAACCGACGACGCGGUGCAUCCGACACUUUUUCGUCAAACUCUAUCAAUACCGCGCGCGGUGGUCGCAAACGAUGGAGUGUCUGUGGCGCAGAGCGCCGGCAGGAUCUCGACCUGGAGACUAUCUGGGAAGACUAA